AUGUCAUACCGGAAGAUCCGGUCGUUGAUUCUCCCCCCUGUGAACCUCCACAGGCGAGCCACAGACUAUGGAUGGACGGUAUGCUGGUAUGCGACGGUAAUUCGACGGCCAGCUGGCGGGUUGGGCUGCGUGCGAGACGGGGACUCGUUCAGGCAACUGGGGUACUUCGCUGCCGCUGUGGUGGAGUUCAUAAUCGGCGAGGAUGGAAAGGGAGCUGGUGCUUGUCUGGGUGGUGGUAGUUGUUGUCGCCAUGUCUGUUCACUGACUGGACGGUCCACCGCCGAAGCACCAAUGGUCUCCUCUCAGUUCUCCCGGCUGCUCGCAGCAGAGAUCGACGGCCGCACCCAGAAUAUCAGAUAUCGCCAGAAUGAGUUCCAUCGCCUCCAGUCGGCCGUCAGCCAGCACAUCGAUGAGAUCCAGGACGCCAUCCAGAAAGACUCCGGGAAUGGACCCGAAGAAGUCCGCGCGGAGCUGUGUCUCGCGCUCAAGGAGAUCCGCACUCACUACCUGACCCUGAAUCUGGAGAAGGACGUUGAAGAGGAGUAUCGCGUUGUAGCGGGCAAGGACAAUAAGGACGCCUGGCGCGGCGCAGGCAUCGUCUACAUUGUCCCCAGCACACAUACCAUGUUUUACUCCAUUAUCUCAGCGCUCAGUGCGGCAUUGGUGGCUGGGAAUUGUAUCAUUCUCGAGGUGGGUGUUUGA